AUCCCCAUACUCACUUCCUGUAUGACACCUUCAAUAUCCCCAAGCGAAAAGAUCCAUGCGGCUCCCGACUAGGGUACAAGAAACGUACUGUCACAACCGACCAAAUCACGCCUGCGAAAGCACCCCAGCAGCAAUGAAUGGUCGCCUCCGGCAACGGGACUAUAUGGUAUGUAGGUAACACUGCUGCUGCUCGCCUGUAUGGCGGCCGCAUCGUCCGUCAUUUUAAAUGUUCCGACCUUGGCGGCUUCUACAUGCGCCGCUCUACAACGUACCGAAUAGCCACGGCCCCCAGUGCAUGAAUCAUGCUGGCAAGGGGUGGGGGAAGGGGAAGAUAGAACACAACGGCACGUCACAUCGCAUCGUCCAUAGGCGAGUCGGCAGAGCAAGCAACUCGACAUGUAUUGCGUAUCCAUGCACGCGGCUGGACUGGUUGAACAAAAUAAGGAGGAGGCUAUCGUUAUGUUUCACCGCCUCUUCGGGUUCGCCUCAUUAUGGGGAUAUCCCCUCCUCUCUCGGCGCAAACUGCCAUAUUGGCCAUUACCCUCCUCCCAAAGAGGCGUUUCUAAUUGCCAGACAAGCCAUGCAUCAUAUCCAUAUCCGGAUCCCCGCGGGCCCUUGGAACGUUCGUCGCCGCAUUGUCGGUCGUAAACAAAGUCAAAGUCCCUUGCGGAAGUCAGUGCGCUUCGGACAGUAUCCGAGCCCCCCCUUUUUUUCUUUUUUUUUUCUUUUCUUUUCUUUCCUCCAGACACCCACCCCCCUAACGUACAGAGUACAAAACUUACACACACACCUCCUCGCAUUAACCUACAACGUAUGUACAACGUAUGUACACCGGGACCAGCCUUCAAGAUUCGGUCCGCUGCUAUCCGUAUACUUCGUACAAACGGUCCUGCCCCCGUCGAUGAAACAAAUUCCACCAUGGUAAUAUAGGUAAGGCUUUUACAACGUACAGCUUGCGGAGGAUUAAUACCUCCGGGUUCUUCGGAAACUCCCUCUGUCAUGCAUGAAGGAAGCUGUCACCUCCUCUCCGCUUGCCGUCGUACGGAGUACAUAAGACGCAUCGUAGAUCACCCAUCUCAACUUCGAGGGGCCGAGAAAGGGAGGGGAA